AAUAGUCUCGGAGAUAACGAAGAUAAUAUGUAUGAAUGUAACAGUGCGUUGUUGUAAUUUGAUAUUAUUUUAUUGUCGAACAAAAUGGACGUGGAAUUUUUGAGGUUUCAAUUCUUAGAUGGGUAUCAAGGUGUUAUUACGAAAAAUGGGUUCAAAAUAGGCGUCAGGCAUUUGCAGAUGAUGUACAUGCUGGCCAGCUCCAUCACUAUGGGGUUCAUUAGAGGCAGCAUGGGGGUUGCAGUUCUAGCAAUAACUGAUCCCACGAGAAGAGAUGAUACGUAUAUUCAGAUUCACAACUGGGAUGGUAAAAUCCAAGGAGCAGUUCUAUCAUCAUUCUUCUUCGGCUAUUCCUUGAUGCUGAUGCCUUCAGAACUGCUCCUGAGGAAGAUCGGAGGGAAACUGGUGACGUCUGCCAUUCUUCUAGUCAAUGGGGCGCUGUGUGUUGCGUUGCCGACUAUUAUCAACAAGGGAGGUUGGGUAGCUGCCUGCAACGCUAAGCUGUUCAUGGGUAUGACUCACGCUUGCUUCCAUACUGUCAACCAGUCGUUGUUUGACAAGUGGCUGCCUCCAAAUGAAAGAAGGAUCUUUAACUAUGUGGUUUACGGAGGUGUCCAACUAGGCAUAAUCAUAGCCUUACCAAUAUCAGGACUGUUAUCAUCAGCACCUCUUGGCUGGGAGCUGGUCUAUUACUCGUUAGCUAUGCUGGCACUCUCCAUGUCCAUCAUAUCGGGGACCCUGACGGCCAGCUCGCCGGGAGAGCAUCAGGCUGUUGGAGACGCGGAGAAGGAGUUCAUUAGGGAGACUUUGAAGAGUUAUCAGAAGAAAGAAAUAAGCCGACCUUGGCGUGAUAUCCUCAAGUCACCUCACUUCUGGGCUGCAACUGCAGCGCAUGUAUCCAGCAAUGCUCUCUUCAUCUUCUUCCUCGUACAUGCUCCUGCUUAUUUGAUGACUUAUGGAAUAUCUUUGCAAGAUAGUGCGUGGUACUCCAUGUUUCCCUUCAUCGCGAUGGCUGCUACGUACCUGGUGAUGAGUCCUUUCAUUGAAUGGGUUUAUUCCAUCCGAUACCUUCACUAUAUCUUCAGUCCAAGUUUCUUCAGAAAAGUUAUCAAUUCUCUGGGUGCUUUCGGGAUAGUAAUGGGAUUAACGAUGCUCCCGAAUUUUCCUCGCGAAUGGAGCUGCCAGGCGAUUAUCGUGUUCACAGCAAUAUUGGCUCAGCUAGCUUUACAAUAUUGCGGAUUUUUGAAUUCAUACAAAGACAUGUCUGAGAACUACUCCGGUACCCUGAUGAUGAUAUCCUGUACAAUCAGCAGCGUGUUUGGAGCCGCCGUGCCUUUUGUGUCAGGACUCAUUCUUGGUGAAGAUAUGUAUAACCCUGAACAUUGGCGAGUCAUAAUGUUGACCCUGGCGAGCCUGUGCAUCGUGAGCACCGUCAUAUACACGUCCUUCGGGAGCAACGACCGACAGGAGUGGGACCACCUCAACAACAACGAUAAGAGGAGAUUGGGAUAUUAUAAUGAUGUUAUGGAUCCCCACCAAGUCCAGCUAGAUGACUACGGACACACAAACUUAGCACUACAGCGACAUGAGAUCGACACCGCCUUGUGACAAUUGACUAGCUUAAGAAUUUACUAUCUGAUACUCACUGACGACUAUUAUACUUUGAACAAUUUA